CAAACAAAAAACUUGAAAUAAAAGUGAGCAAAAGUCAAUUUCAAUCAAAAACAAUUAGCAUUCGAAUUGCAAAUACAUCUCUGAAAAUUCAACUCAACCACAAUGGAGCACAUUAUGAAUCCGUUUAUGUCGCCCGCCUAUUUGCUGCAUCCGCGCUCCUAUCCAGAUGGCCACUCCCACGCCCACUCGCAUUCGCAUUCGCACUCGCACGCCCACGCACACAUGAGCGCCAAGUCACCGGCCAGCUCUCCGGGCACCGCCGGCAGCACAGGGCCUGGCAGUGCCAGCUCCAACGGCAGCUCAAAGCCCAAGCGCUGGGGCUCGCCGCCCAUCAAUCUGGCCGGACAGUUCAUCAACCCGGCGACGGGCAAGAAGCGCGUCCAGUGCUCCAUCUGCUUCAAGACCUUCUGCGACAAGGGCGCGCUCAAGAUCCACUUCUCGGCAGUGCAUCUGCGGGAGAUGCACAAGUGCACCGUCGACGGUUGCAACAUGGUCUUCAGCUCGCGCCGCUCCCGCAAUCGCCACAGCGCCAAUCCGAAUCCCAAGCUCCACUCGCCGCACAUACGCCGCAAGAUCUCGCCCCAUGACGGACGCACUGCUCAACAGUUUCCCGUUUUCCCGGCGGCUGCCGCAGCGGCCGCUUUUCCGGGCCUGCUGCCGCCACCGCCGCACUCACAUCGGACGCAUCAUGGCCACUCCAUGGGCUACAAUCCGGCGGCGGCGGCAGCGCACGCAAUGUUCGUCGGGCAGUCGGGUCUGCAUAGUCUGGGACUGCUCAGAGCUGGCGCGGCGCACAAUGAGCGCUUGUUUGCCUCCGAGGCGGAGGCCGAGGCCGAGUCCGAGCUGGAGGCGGACGAGGGUGAGGGCGAGGGCGAGGGCGACGCAGAGGUGGAGGGCGAGGAUGAAGGCGUCUAUGUGUAUGUGGACAUGCAUGCCAACAGCUCCAGUCCGGCUAGUCAAGGCUGCCACAGCGAUGCGGACGAUGCGGAGGCGGAGGCGGAGGCCGAGCUCCACUGCAGCCUGAGCAUGACCAGCAAUAGCAACAGCUGCGAGGGCGCUCACCAACAACAUCGACAACAACAACAACAACAUAGAGAGCAGGAGUACCUGGAGGAACAGGAUGACCAGGAGCGCGCCGAGCAGCCGCUGGACUUCAGUCUGCACAAGCGGCGAGAGGCCGACAACGAAACGGAGGCGGAGCAUGAGGAGCGUCGCGCCAAACGCUCGCCCAGUCCCUGCGGCGGCAGCGGCUUCUCCAUGGAGCGUCUGCUCGGCAAGCGGCGGCGCCACAACAGUCACCACAGCGCCGCCAGCUGCCCGGAUGAGCACAACGCGCUGGCGCUGGCCGUGCCCAGCAUCAAAAUGGAACUGGAGCUCGACAGUGGCGACAGUAGUCACAGUCAUGCCCACAGUCAGCACGAAGCGCACGCCCACGAUUUGUCGGCGCCGCUGAACCGCAGCCCCGCUCUGCCCAUGCCCCUGCCCCUGCCCCUGCCUCUGCCUCUGCCCCUGCAACAGCAGCAACAGUCACAGCUGCCCCAUCCGCAUUCGCAUCCACAUCCGCAUCCGCAUCCGCAUCUGGCGCUGGCACCUUCGCCGCCUGCCAUGCUGCUAGGCAUGGACUUGGAGGAGCAGCAUCAUCUGCGGCUGCUGCGGACGCAAAUGUUUGCGGCCGCUGCGGCUGCCGCUGCCGCACUG